UUGUGUGUGUUUGUUUUCCAGCAAUAUGUAAUGCUACACGACAUGGUGGCAACACACAGUACUGUUCGAGUCACAGUCUGCAGGGGAGAAAGCGAAACGGAGGAAGCUCUGUCCACAGACCUGGUGCCUGGUGAUGUCAUCGUCAUUCCUAGCAAUGGGACCAUCAUGCCUUGCGAUGCCGUGCUCAUCUGUGGAACCUGCAUCGUAAACGAGAGCAUGCUGACAGGUGAGAGUGUUCCGGUCACCAAGACAGAUCUCCCGAACCCUGAGCGGGACAAGAAGGGUUCAGACGGAGACCAGAUUUACAGCACAGAGGAGCACAAGAGGCACACACUCUUCUGCGGAACAAACGUCAUCCAGACCCGCUACUACACUGGAGAAAUGGUCAAAGCUGUGGUCGUCCGCACAGGUUUCAGCACAGCUAAAGGGCAACUCAUCCGGUCCAUCCUGUACCCAAAGCCCACAGACUUCAAGCUGUAUAGAGACGCUUACCUCUUUCUGCUGUGUCUGGUGGCCGUCGCCAGCGUUGUCUUUAUCUACUCUCUGGUCAUGAAGAUCUUAAAUCAGGAACCAGUGAAGGAGAUCAUCGUGAAGUCUCUGGACAUCAUCACCAUCACUGUUCCUCCUGCUCUUCCGGCAGCAAUGACCGCGGGCAUAGUCUACGCUCAGAGGAGACUCAGGAAAGUGGGCAUCUUCUCCAUCAGCCCGCAGAGAAUCAACAUCUGCGGGCAGCUCAACCUCGUCUGCUUCGACAAGGUGAAUAGGAGACUUAAAUGA